CAAGCCGACAAAAAACAUUUGCAGCGAUUGUCGCCGUACAUUCCCAUUAAAUAAUGCAGCGAUCGCGGGCGAGCAGCACGAGCAGCGGCCGAGCGCCGCUUACCGCUCAACCGCUUGGCCAGCCACUGGAGGUGCCCAAGAUUAUCAUAAUACAUCCGGGUUCGCAGCAUUUGCGCAUUGGCCGCGCUGCCGACCUCAACCCGCUGACAAUGCUGCAUGCGGUCGCCUAUAGGCGACGUCAAACGCUCGACGCACCACAUCAUGAUCCACUGCUGCCGCCGCUGGACAACGUCCAUGCCGAUCGUCUGCAGCUAGAGUUCGAGGAGCAGCGUUUGGCCGUCUCGCGCAUUCUUCAGCACUGCAUUGUCGACGAACAGAAUCGGUUGCGUGUUGCAACUCCUCCACAGCAAUUAGCACAUUUCAAUCGCAGCAGCGCCGCCGAAAAAAUUCCAUCACCGAUGCCAAGCGAAGAGAUGCAGAGCGAUGCCGUGGAUGUGCUCUACGACGAGCAAAUACUCCGUCUCAAUGCCAGCGAUGCCCUCAACUAUGACAUACACUUUCCCAUACGACGAGGCGAGUUGAAUGUGCACGGCCAGCAGGGUGGAUCACUGCAGGCGACGCUGUCGCAUCUGGAGCGCAUUUGGUGCCACGCGCUUGAGCAGCGUCUGGGCAUACCACGACGGGAGUUGAGCACCCACAGCGCUGUCCUUGUUGUCAACGAUGUCUAUGUGCGGCGGCAUCUGCGCGAGGCAAUGACACUGCUGCUGCAGCGCAUGGGAUUCCAGCGCUGCUUUCUCGUUCAGGACAGCGUGGCGGCCACGUAUGGUGCCGGCGUUGGCUACGGCUGCGUCGUAGACAUUGGUGCCCAGAAGACAUCGAUUGCCUGCAUUGAGGAUGGCAUCUCGCAGCUGGAUGCACGCGUCCGACUUGAUUAUGGAGGCGGCGACAUUGAUCAGGUGCUGCUCAUGCUGCUGCGCAAAUGUGGGUUUCCCUAUCGCGAGUGCAGCGUCCACAAGAGCUAUGUGGACGCCCAGCUGCUGGAUGACCUCAAGGAGCGCUUUUGCCACCUAAAUGCCAGCGUAUGCGGUGCCCAGGAGAAGCAUUUCACAUUGCGCCAGGCGAGCGGGCAAUGGGUGCGCUACACGCUGCAGGUGGGUGAUGAGGUGAUCAUGGCACCACUGGCACUCUUCCACACCGAGCUGCUCAACAUUACGGGCAAAUCGCGUGCGGUGCACACCCAGCAAUCGGUGCAGGAGCAAUAUGAUUGCGAGGAUUGCUUUGAUGCGGAAUAUUUGCGGGAGACUGGUCGCCGGAAUGGAGUGCGAGCUGUUGACUUACCCAUGCCGAAUAGCAACAUGCUGAAGCAUGCCCAGGUGCCCAUCACAGCCGACGAUGAGGAGCUGCUCAUUGUGGUCGAUCAGGAGGAGAUGCCACCCAACAGCAACAGUAACAGCAACUCCCAGCAGCAGCAGCAAAAUCAACAGCAGCAGCAGGCUUCGUCCAAGUCCAACAACUCGUGGUAUUAUAAUGCUGGGGGGCAGGUGGUGCCUCUAGAUCAGGCCAUUAUCCGUGCAAUUGGACGCUGUGGCAGCUACGAGACGCGCCGCAAAAUGUUUGGCGCCAUUCUGCUGGUGGGCAGCAGUGCCAAGAUGCGUGGCCUCGCCGCCUGGCUGGAGCAGCGCAUUUGCCAGCAGAUGCCGCCCGGCCACGAGGUGAAUGUGUUCCUCAAAGGCAUGGAUGUGGGCAUGGUAGCGUGGAAAGGCGCCGCCAUCAUGUCCGUGCUUGAGAGUGCCCGCGAGCUGUGGAUCUCGCAGCGCGAGUGGCAGCGCUAUGGAUUACGCAUCCUGCGCGAACGUUCCCCCUUCCUCUGGUAGCAUCCAACUCUCCAAUAAAUAAUUAUAAAUCUAACUAUAAAUAAAUCAUUUUACAAGUUUAUAUGAAAAAUGGGAAUUGGGAAAGAAGAGGAUAAACUUGAGACGUGUUCAAUAAAGGGAGAAGGAAGCAUCUCCAAUCCCAUAAGGUUUAUAUAUUCAUGAUCAACAGCAAUAACCGAACCGAACUACCCAUGUCUGUCUAUAUGAUAAAGCGUAUAUCAGAGACUAUUAAGAACUCAGAGUAUUCCAGUGUGGAAUCUAAGAUAUCGCUUAUCAGAGGCAUAUCAAGUUCACUUUAUUCUGCCACCGUUUCUCAAACACACAAAGAUACAAUUAUAAACAAAUAGCUUUCCAAUUCCCUACAAUAUCAUUGAUAAGCUGUACAAAUUUCAUCAAGUUCGUAUAAGAAACACAUUGAGCAAACUAAUAUCGACAAGCCUAUUUGUUCAUUUAAAAUCCCGAAGCUUUAAAUCGAAUAUGAAUUUUAUAAUUGAAUUGCAUGUUUGUUCCAAUGUUUCCAAAUAAAUUGAUCCGACUUUCGAA